AUGGAAAUGGAACAAUUGCAAAAGAGGCUUCGAGAAGUACUUGGUGGUAAGCGAUAUUUCCUUGUACUUGAUGAUGUAUGGGAGGAAAAUCAUGCUAAGUGGUUGCAAUUAGAAGAAUUGAUUAUAGAUGGUGCAAAUGGAAGUAGAGUUUUGGUUACAACUCGAAGUAAAAGGAUUCCUUGUACUUGGACUUUGUUUAAAAGGGUGGCUUUUAAAAGCGGACAAGAACCGGAAAACUCUAAUCUUGUGAAGAUCGGAAGGGAGAUUGUUGGAAGGUGCAAAGGGAUCCCACUAGCAAUAAGAACAAUAGGAAAUUUGUUGUAUGACUAUCUAAUUGAGGUGGAGACAUUAGUUAGGCUUUGGGUGGCACAAGGAUUUCUCAAGUUAUCAAAUACAAGUCAAGAUCAAUGUUUGGAGGAGGUGGGUUAUGAAUGUUUUAUGAAUUUAACGGAAGGAUCAUUCUUUCAAGAUGUUGAAGUAGAUCAGUGUGGCGUUAUAACACAUUGCAAGAUGCAUGAUCUCAUGCAUGAUCUUGCAAUACUUGUGUUUGGUGCAAAAUGUGUUACUUUCCAUUCACAUUGUCAAGGAAACAUCAAUGAAAAUACUCACCAUGUGUCCUUUGAACGUGAUUCGUUCUCAGUAAGUCAAACUUGGCUGGUUCAAGCAAGGAAGGUUCGAACAGUUCUUUUCCUUGACAAAUAUUGUUCCAAAGUUGAGCUAGAUGCAGUAGUAUCAAAUUUUUUGUUCACACGCUCUCUGAAUUUGAAAGGGUUGAAAACCAAUUCAUUGAAUUCAAUUGGUAGGUUGAAGCAUUUGAGAUAUUUAGGUCUUUCUUAUCAUCAACAUCUAGAGGCACUGCCGAAUUCAAUUACCAAUUUGGUGAAUUUGCAAACACUAAAGUUGAGUAAUUGCAUCAAGUUUCGAGAAUUGCCUAGAGAUAUUGAAAAACUCAUCAACCUUAGGCAUCUUGAAAUUGAUAAUUGCUAUAAUUUAGAGUAUAUGCCGAGUGGAAUAGGCCAGCUGACUAAUCUUCAAACUUUAUCGAAGUAUGUACUGAAGAAGAACAAGAAACCCGUCCUAAGAUAUGUUGGUGAGCUAAAAGAUUUGUUGAGAUUGAAUGAUUUGAGAGGCGAAUUGGAUGUUGUAAAUGUGAGCCAUAAGAAAGAUGUGGUAGAAGAAUAUGGGAGUGCAAAAUUAAAGGACAAACAAUACCUUCGAUCAUUGAGGUUGAGCUGGUAUUAUGAUGUUGAAAUUGUUGAAGCAGAUGCCAUUAUUGGUUAUGAAAUGUCAAUGGAUGCCCUUCAGCCACACCCAAAUCUUCAAGUGUUAUAUAUAAGCAAUUAUGGGGGUGUCAAGCUCUCUAGCUGGCUCUCAUCACUUGAAAACUUGGUCGACUUAACUUUAACUGAUUGUAAGAAAUGUCAGUAUCUAGUUUCAUUGAAUCGAUUCCACGGUCUCAAGGUUUUGAAACUAGGGAGCUUGGAGUCUUUGGAGUACAUAUCCAACAAUAUUUUCAACGAAGACUUAUUUGGGACAACAAAGACAAUAUUGCCAUCUCUACGAGAACUUGACUUGGGUGAGUUGCCUAAUCUAAAGGGAUGGUGGAGAGAGAUUGUAAUUGAUCAUUCUUUUGUUGCUGCAAAUGAAGAAGACAAACACAUGUCCUUGCCUUAUCUCCCUUCUCUUUCUAAAUUAUAUAUAUGUAGUUGUCCUAAGCUGACUUGCAACCAAUGA